AUGGCGAUCUCUUCGACGACAACGACACGAUACUCGUCGCGCGAGGAGGUUGAGUCGAAGCUGUCCACGCUGCGCAAGACGUUCCGCUCGGGCAAGACCAAAGACCUCGCGUUUCGCAAAUGGCAGCUGAAGCAGUUCUGGUGGUUGGUGACGGAGAACGAGGACAAGAUCUGCCAGGCGCUCGCCAAAGACCUCAACCGGACCGAGUUCGAGACGUAUGGCAGCGACAUCCUGGGCCUGAAACAGGACAUUCUGGACCACAUUGAGCACCUGGAAGAGUGGGCGGCCGACGAGAUCCCCGACGCCGGGUUUCUGUUUGGGACCUUGGGCAAGGCCCGAGUGCGCAAAGAGCCGCUGGGCGUCGCGCUCAUCAUCGGCGCCUGGAACUUCCCCUUUCUUCUGCUGUUGCAGCCCAUGAUUGCCGCCAUUGCCGCCGGCUGCACCGUCUUGCUGAAGCCGUCGGAGCUCUCGAGGGAGACCGAGGCGACGCUGGUGUCGCUGGUGCCCCAGUACUUCGACCCGACCGCCUAUGCCAUCGUCACCGGGGGCCCGCAAGAAAUGCAGCACAUCCUCAGCCUCAAAUUCGACCACAUCUUCUUCACCGGUUCCGCCUCCGUCGCGCGCCAUAUCGCCGCCGCGGCCGCCAAACACCUGACGCCGACCGUGCUGGAGCUCGGCGGCCGGGGCCCAGCCAUCGUCGGUCGCACUGCAGACCUCUCCAUCGCAGCCAAGCGAGUCGCCUAUGCCAAGUUCAUGAAUGCCGGCCAGAUCUGCUUGUCGGUGAACCACGUCUUCGUGGAUCCCGCCGUCCAUGACCAGUUUGUCGCCCAGCUGAUACUCUGGAAUGAUCGCUUCCAUGGUGCAGACAAGAGUAAGGGCAAGGGCGAACCCUCGCAGAUGGGAAAGAUAGUGAACGAGAGACAUUACGACCGGCUGCAGUCUAUCUUGAACAAGACCCACGGGGACAUUGUAUAUGGAGGUUCGGGCGACCGAGCGGCACUCCAGUUCAAAACCACCGUGGUCGACGGCGUGCACAUUCACGACUCGACCCUCUCCGAAGAGCUCUUUGGUCCCAUCCUGCCGGUGAUCAAGGCGAGCACCGAGGAAGCAGUCCACCAAAUCAACCAUCUGCCUCAUCCGCUGGCCAUCUACAUUUUCAGUCAAGAUGAUAAAGAAGUCGACUAUAUCCUCAACAACACACAGUCUGGGGGCGUCACCGUCAACGACGUGAUGAUGCAUGCCGGCGUGCAUGGUGCGCCCUUCGGAGGCGUGGGUGAGUCCGGCUACGGAUUCUACCACGGCAAGUACGGAAUGGAGGCCUUCUCGCACAAGCGGACGGUGGUGAACCUGCCGUUGUGGGUGGACAAGCUCAUGAGCUUCCGAUAUCCCCCCUUUGUGCCCUCGAACAAGUCCAAGUUCGAGGUCAAGAACCGUCUGGGAUUCAAAAAGGGCGAGACUUUGAAGGAUCAGAAGAUUCGCAAACUCCCGCGCCACAAGGUGUCGUGGAACACGCUGCUGGUGGUCGCCCUGGCCAUCGCCAUCGGCUGGGGUAUUGGGGCUAAGGCUAACUACUUGACUGGUGAGCGGGAGCGGCUGUGGGAUUCUUUCAGACGAACUCCGUUCAUUGCGAAGCUGGGGCUAUGA